AUUUUGUAUAUAGUCUCGGUGUAAAAGAGGGUAUGUCUAUGCGAGAUAUAGAACCGCGUUCCGGGUGAUGCAGUGCGAAGUGUCCUUUUCGUUUUCGUCGUCGUUAUCGUCAUCGUAAUUGAUAAUCACGAUGGGUCGUCGCGGGAUUAUCCAUUCGCUGAUUUGGUGUUUGCUAUCAUUCCCGGUGUACUUUACCGAAAAAUUAUCCCCGGAUCAAAUAGCGCCACUGUUCGCGCGUGGUUCCGGUGGUCUGAUCCUGAAACCACCCUUCGAGAGCGAACCAAAAGGUGCCGCGAGUCCACCGGCUUCCACUAAUAUUGUUAACGAGGAUGGUGUCGAGAGGAAGGAGACCGCCACCUUCAAACUAGUGGAUGGCGAAUUAGUCCGAGUAGUGGAGGGAUCUUUUGCCUACAAGAGUCCCGAAGGAAUUCCCGUUUCCGUUCACUACAUCGCUGACGAAAACGGAUAUCGAGCUGGAUUCAGGCUAGGCGCUGCUGCAACCGGCGAAACGAGGCCUCUUAUUAGACCCCCGGGACCAAAAAUCGUCCCAACCAACGUCGAUCGAAGUUAUCUACCACCACAGUAGAAUGAUUCCAGCUAAUUUUAAUUAAGACUGGUUUAAAUACAUUUUCACGUGACAUUAUUUGACAGCAGGAGGCUAUAUUAUUUGACAGUAUUUUUUGUCAACAAUUGAAAUGAUUUUAUUUGAACAAAGAUAUC